AUGAGUUUCAUUAACUUAGAAUAACUUGAUCAAGAUAACUCACUCAUUGACUAUCAUAAUACUAUUAAUGAAACACUCGAUUCCCUUGCCAUCACUAUUCAAGACCUUCGAAAUCCAUAAAUCUGCUUUGUAACUACAUUUUCUACAUUAGGUUUCAGACACUAAUAUAGCUCAACUCUACUUAUAGUAGAUAUGUCAAAAAUUUCCAUAAGCCACUACAUUCACAUUACCAGUAGGAGAAGGUGCUAAAAAUCUACAUUUUGCGAAUGAGGUGGCAGAAUACUUAUUUAGCAAGAGAUUUUGUAGAUAAGAUUUAGUUAUCGCAAUUGGAGGAGGAGUUGUGACUGACUUAGUUGGAUUUGUGUCUAGCAUAUAUAUGAGAGGGUUUGGUAUAUUUAACUAUUCAACAGAAUAAAAUUCAUUUUGAUUCCCACAUCGUUGUUGG